AAAUAUGGUAUAUAUAUAUAUAUAUAUAUAUAUAUAUAUAUAUAUACACAUAGUUGUAAUUUUCUUUAAAUACUUUGUCAUUCUAAGUAUUUUGUGAAUACUAACGAGUGGGAAAUUAUUUAAAUCAUUUUCUAUAACCGCUUUAAAGGGUCCGGUGUGUAGUUUUUCCUGAAGCCAAUGCUAAGCUAACAGAGGUUUUGCCGUUUCAUGCAUUUUAAAAGGAGGCCCGUUUUUCAUGUUAAUGUUAUGUUGCUAUGCUAUUUUCAGUGUGAUUUUAAGUGUCAUUGAUUAUUUGGGAGCGGCAAACUUAACAAAGUGCAGUUUUAUAUCUAGCCAAGAGCUAUCUUUAACAGAGAUGCUAUCGUGCUGCAUUCAAGUGCAACGUGCUGCCAUUUAGAAGAUUGAUUUCGACCUUUUCGCCUUAUCUUUGUACUUACUGGAGGGUUUUUUUUUUCUUCUUUGUCUUUUUUUUUUUAUGGAUGGAAUGUUUUUUAGGGUUAGUCUGCCAAGCUGAAAGACAGACAGUGUGAUGAAUGACAGCUUUAUGUUUAAAUUGACUAUUGUUUUGUAUUCCCGUGCCUUAUUUUGAGUUUGGACAUUUGUAUUUUUUUUAAUUUUUAAAAUAAUAAAUUCAAAGCUUCGGCAAUUAAAUGUUAAUACGAAAUCAUCGGCUUGUAAUUGUUGCGUUUAUGAAGCAUUUUUUGAUUGCUGAAAAAUGUAAGGGGGUCUAAUGUUUGAGUCUUGGCGGAGGUCUCUUGUUACAUUUGAAUGCAAUUCUUGUUAAACGUGUUUGUUUCCAAGUAGGCACAGUUGCACUGAGGCGCCACUAGGGGGCAUCCUGAGGACACAACAGGACAAGUUUCUUCUCCAAAGUCCUUCAUAACCCCCCCUCCAUCCCUGAGUGUGGGUAUAAAGCAUCCCUCCGCUGCCUCUCUGAUGUACAAACAGCAGCUCAGCCUCCCAACUCCGCAUCCUUCUCCCCGAGAACACCUCGUCCGUCUCCCACCUCGGGACCACCCCUUCACCCUCCCGCCCCCACCCCUCGCCACUUGAUUCCCCCAAUCAAGUUGGGCCGGCGGGGAGGCUUUUCCAGCGCCGUCGGAGAGAGGAGCGGCGCCCGGGCGACGCGCUGGCAGGUCCGACAUGACGAGCACGUGGUGCUGCGCUCUGCUGCUGUCCGUCGUCCCUCUGGUGGUCAAUGUGGACUCAAGAUCAGGAAAUGCUGAGUUUAGAGAAAGUUCCAAGUCCAAGAUGAAGACCUACUGGCCUGAGAGCAGCAAGGCUCUGUCCAUCAGCCGCCUCCUGGCUCAGACGCUGGACAGAAAGGAGAACUUCACAUCUCUGGACGUGGACUUCCACGAGGACGACGCCAAGACGUGGAAGUGGCUCUAUAACGUCUCCGGCUCCUCCCCCCGUGAGGUUCGCUCGCGGGCCAAGAGGAGGCCCAUCGUGAAGACGGGCAAGUUCAAGAAGAUGUUUGGCUGGGGGGACUUCCACUCCAACAUCAAGACGGUGAAGCUCAACCUUCUCAUCACCGGGAAGAUCGUGGACCACGGCAACGGGACCUUCAGCGUCUACUUCCGCCACAACUCCACCGGUCAGGGCAACGUCUCCGUGGGACUGGUUCCUCCAACCAAGGCUGUGGAGUUCCAGGUGCAGCCGCCCCCGCAGUACCACCAGCACCACCACCUCCACCACGUCCAGCAGACGGCGGUGGAGACCAAGGAGACCAAGCUGUUCAACUGCAGGGUGGAGUACGAGAAGGUAGAGAAGGGCACCAGGAACUCGCUGUGCGCCCACGACCCCUCGCAGAGCUGCCCCCAGGAACAGACCCAGAGCCACGUGUCCUGGCUCUGCUCCAAGCCCUUCAAGGUCAUCUGCAUCUUCAUCACCUUCCACAGCACCGACUACAAGCUGGUGCAGAAGGUGUGUCCCGACUACAACUACCACAGCGACACCCCCUACAUGCCCACCGGCUGAGAGGGUAGGAGGAGGAGACGUCGGUGGCCGGACCGGUCCUGGUUCUUGGACCGAGCAGAAGUCCCAGCCUGGAUGUCACCUCGGAGGCGUUCAAGGCACUCGCAAAAAAGAAAUCUCCCUCAAAAUGAAAGUGUUUUUAUGUAAAUAUGCAGAGCGUAACAAGCUGAUUCUUCUUGGUUUUGUUGUUGUUGUUGUUGUCAUUAGUGACUUCCUGUCUGCUUCCAUUUCAUCCAAUCAGACGACGGCAAUCGGCGUCGGCAGCCUGACGAGGAAAAACAAACAUUUAUCUAAAAAGAAAGGAUGACUGAACUGUGAGUAAACUUUUCUGGUGAAGGUGGUGGGUCACCAGCACGGUGGUGCGUUCAAGGACCUUAUGUUCCUGUCAGAAUUGUCUCCAUCUGCUCACUAAACAAAUCAUGUGUAAUGUGUGACACGGUUCAAGAUGGCUCCCAUUUCUGACCCGGGGUGGGGCGUGGCUAAACCCUGACCGGCCAAUCACAUCCAGUGAAUGAAUAAAAGAAACACAAAAGA